AUGAAAAAGAGAGUCAACAACAUAGCAGAAGACAUCAAGACCAAAAUCAAGAACAACAAGAUUGUCCCUUCUGAUAGCCGCUUCCCCAACCAGAAUGAGACCAGAAACUGUUGGCACAACUACCUGGAUUUCCACCGCUGUGAGAAGGCAAUGACUGCUGAAGGGGGUGAAGUUUCCGUGUGUGACUGGUACCGGCGUGUGUACAAGUCCCUUUGCCCCGUAUCCUGGCUGUCGGCCUGGGAUGACCGCCGGGCACAAGGUACAUUUCCUGGGAAGGUCUGA